AUGCAACACCUGCAACCACUGCAACCACUGCAACCACACAUCCCUCAAGUCCUCCGCCUGACAAUUGUCAAGUUCUCCCAUACCACCACUGCCAUCGACCACAUUGGUCCCCUGGCAUGGAAUCAUGUCACUGGCAAUGGAGACCUGGUUUGCAUCUUUGAGAAGCUUCAGGGCACUCCUUCUGCGCCAGCAACAUUAAUCCAGCGCGUGGUUCGAGGCGAUGUCAUCCUGGAGAAUGUCAAUCUCACAGAUCUUGUUCAAAUGACUGCAUCGAGGUCUCACUCGUUCUCAAGUCGCACAAUGCCCAAGUUUCCCUUUGCGGCUGUUGUCAAGCUACCUUGUCUUGCAAUCAAAUAUCCUGAAGGUGGAACCCAUAUCCGUCGAUUUCAGAUCAAGUUCACAACAGAAAGCGACUACACCACCGCUCUAGCCCUCUUGAGCGAAAUCGGAUGUCCGUUGACCGAAGGCAGUACACCUGCUCCACGACCAACACCCUCAGUAUCAUCAUGGGCAUCGGGCCAUCUUUCCCAUGCACCGAGGGUUGUGAACCCAUCAACGUCAGUCGGCAGCAUUGGCGCCCCAUUCAAUCAUAUCGGAGCAUAUGGAUCUCAAAGAACCAGUAACCACCUUGUCUACUCCCGAGAAGUGAUUCAUUCUAAUACUUUGUUUAUUGCAGCACCCCUUCGAGCAUCAUCCCCGGCGAGCACUGUAUCCUACGCUCCCUGCAGAUUCGGUCCUUCUCCGCCCACAUUCAACCGUCUAACCCAAAACAUCGAACCAGCUGCCAUGGCUCCAUUGCAGACAAUUCACGUCCCCCAUGCACUAUACCAAGUACCAGAACUAUCCAGCUCUCAGCUAUCCGCAGUCUCAGCCGUCCACAACAUCGACCAGCUGAACCAGAUGCUCCCUCCGAAGCGAGAUUUACCAUUCCAAAAGCCACCGACAAAGAAGCCCCGUUCUGCCAGCUUGACUCGAACUACAGAAAUCAGACCUCAGCCAGGUCGAUUCUCAAGCUCGCAGCCUACAGAGUCAGCCAGGUCCCAAGAGCGAGUUCGCCAUCCACUCCAUGCAGUCAUGCAAUCCGAGCCAUCAGAUCUGGAUACCAGCUUGCUAGAGUGCCAGCCUCGUCCUUCCUCGGAGCAAAACUCAUACCCCGAAGCGAGUCAGACAUCGCUCGCCUACGGGGACCUCCUCACAACCCAAGAGGGUCCAAGUAUCAACAGGACAAUCGAGCACCUAGCCCAGAAACCCAGUAUCCAGAAAACGCCCCAGUCACGCACUCAAACAGAUGCAACCAAGGAAAUCAACAACACGGACGGUACACAAGACCCACUCCUUCCUCUACCUCCACCUCCAAAUCCAAACCCAGCAACCCCAGCACCAGCACCGCACACAGCCGCCGUCAUGCCAGAAGACUAUCUCGCACGAUACAUAACCGCACCCACACCGGAACGAGUUGCCUUUCUCGAGAACUGGAUGUGUGAGCUGAUCGAAGAUGACAGGUUCAUGACUCUGUGUCAGGACGUGGAGGGGACAUGGAGGCGGUUUGCGUUUGGGAAGAAGUAA